UUAUCCACGGUUUGGAUGUGGCUGCUCUCGAGGUUUUUUUCUUUUAAAGCUCCUAAAACUGCUUCAUUCUUUCUGACACUUGUUGCUGCUACUUGCGCAUCACUGGGAGAGUCCAUCCGAACCGCUUCAGCUUCUCCUUUGGGAUUUCCCGCGGGGAGUGAUGAACUCCAUCGACCCACAGUCCCAUCAACAGCACCACAGUUCUCCUACCGUCGGCUCUCUCCCACAUAAAGGCGCCCAGGAGUCCCCGGACAUGGCAGCUGCUGUCUACUGCGACAACUUCAGCAGCGUGUACCACCAGCAGAGCCUGCAGGGCGCGCAAAGACCGGCCAGCUACGGUCUCGGGGACUACGCCUCCUCUCCGAACCCGUACCUGUGGCUCAACGGGCCGGGCGUAAACUCCCCCGCGUCUUACCUUCACGGCAACAACCCUGCGUCGUUCAUCCCGCCCUCCUACGGCUCGCAGCGGCAGUUCCUGACCAACUCACCUGGGUUCGGAGGGCCCGACCUGGGCUGGCUGUCCAUCGCCAGCCAGGAGGAGCUACUGAAGCUGGUCCGUCCGCCCUACUCCUACUCCGCUCUCAUCGCUAUGGCCAUCCAGAAUGCGCAUGAAAAGAAGCUGACCCUGAGUCAGAUUUACCAGUAUGUGGCUGACAAUUUCCCUUUUUAUAAGAAGAGCAAAGCUGGCUGGCAAAACUCCAUCAGGCACAAUCUCUCUCUGAACGACUGCUUCAAAAAAGUCCCGAGGGACGAGGAUGACCCAGGAAAGGGAAAUUAUUGGACGUUGGACCCAAACUGUGAAAAGAUGUUUGACAACGGUAACUUCCGGCGGAAAAGGAAAAGACGAUCAGAUCCCAGCAUUUCUGGAGGAGCUGCUGCCUCAGCCACAAAGCUUGAGGACAGCAGGCCAACUGUGGUGGGCUCAAUGAAGCCCCCAGACAGCCCCCAGCUCCUCGGGGCUUCUUCUCCAGAGAUGGAAGUGAUAAAUGAAAAUCACAAAAGCUCAUCUUCAUCGCCGGCCGGGCUUGCUUCGGCUGCUCCGUGUUUUAAUAACUUUUACGGCAACAUGUCCACUCUCAGCUCAGGGGUCCCCAGUCGACAGGCGCCCCUCGGACUGGUGAACGAGCUGUCGAACAGGAACAUAACGGCCCUGAGCCCGUACCAUCCCGGCGGCAGCGGGCCAGAGGCAGGGGCUCCAGAUCACAGUGAGGGCUUGCAUUUUAACCGGGGAGUGUACUACAACACGUUCGGCAGCGGGCAGAGUGGACAGUUUAACAGUCACUUCUACAACAGCUUCAGUGUGAACAGCUUGAUUUUUCCCAGGGAUGGGACUGAGCUUUAGGAGACAUCUGUACACGUGUUCAAAGACUUUCUCUGAGAAUCUCAUUCAGAAUAUGCAUACACUACCAGCCAAAAGUUUCUUUCUUAUUCAACUGAGCGAGAAACUGUGUCCAAUCAUUUGACUGGGAGUGUAUAUGCACAUACAUUCAAUAUUUCAUAGACAGAGCUUUAGUGCCAUUCACUGAUUACCAUCAAAGAGCUUAAAACUGCAAAAAUCUACAUAUUUUGCCAAAACCUGCAAAAACGGACCACUUGUCCUUCCUUUUUUAAUCAAAGUUACUUAAAUCCUGUAACAUCAAAUAGGAAAUUAUCUUACAAAUUUGUCUUGACUUUUGUCUUUUAAAUACAAUCUUUCAUUUGAUCAACCUUCAUUUUCUCUAGCUGAGCCCAAACCUUGACAGUUAUUAGUUUUAAGUGAUAGAAGGGCUCAUUCAUUUUUAACACAAAGCUGCCAAAGUUGCCUAUGUGACACCACCAGUACCUCAGAACAACAGUCAUGUAUUAGAGUAGCCCACCAAGGGUUUGCAUUAUUUCUUACACAAAUGCAGUUAUAUUUAAGCGUACACUUAUAUGUACUGAGAAAGAGCUUGCCUUAUGAAACAGGGCUGGUUUUUGGUAUUGAGAGAUUUUAACAACUUACAGUUUCAAAAUCGCUAAAGUUAUCUUUAUACCGUUCCUACAGUUUAAAGUCCCUUUAAUGAGUUGACAGCAAAAGCACCGGAGUAACCAGAGCUUUUCCUGGUGUAUGGAAGAUAGAACAUGCAGAGCUGCCCCUCCCCCACAUGUUGCUACACACUGCUUGUGAGCUGGCUGGGAAAAAAUACUACACAUUUCCCAAGCUCACAAGAAAAACAGAUUUGUGUAUUUGGAAAUAUUUCCAGUUGCAAAAACAGACACAGUCAUGGUGUGGAAACUUAAGGAACAUUACCCAUUACUCUUUGUAAUAAAAUGCUGUUUUAUAACUGCAGUUAGGAAGCCAAAAUUGACAUGUUUGCUAAGCAGUACGUUGCAGACUCACUACCCCAGCAGAUAAUCCAACUAAUUAUUGAGCUAAUUAUAUUAGCUUGUUGUUCUUUUGUUACCCCAUAACAAGCAGAACACCUAAAGCGUAUAAUAUUCUCCCCAAUAAGCACUUGAAAACUACUGCCAAAUUUUUAUGCAAGACUGUGUACCAAAAUUAAAAUAACAAUAAAUAAAUGUCACAAAUUACAUUUUUAUAACAGUGAUAAUCAAUACAUCAAUUAAAGACCAGUUUGAAUAGUUUUUGCUUUUCUGAUUUGAUUAAAAGCAAUUAGAUUAUGUUUUACAUGUUUUGUUUUAAAAUCUUGUGUAAAUACUGUGAAACUGUGGUCUUACUAAAGGUUAUCUCACCAAGAGAAUUUUAUACCAGCUCCAUGCUUAUUGCCUUACUUCUGCUGUCCUCCCUGUUGACUGAAACCUCAGCACUGUGGCUUAUGUAAAUUGACAUGGACUUGAUAGAUGUGUAUUUUUGUACAUUUGAAAAAUACUUUUGUGAAUAUUUAUGCUAUUUAUGUUCAUAGGCAUUUUCUACUGUUUGUCCAAAACACUGUCUGAUCAAAGAGGCAAAUAUCAGCUUACAGAAUGCAGCAAAAAUAGUAUCACUAAAACACAGAUUUUUUUGUGAAUAUAUAGUAUCUGUAAACAAUAUAUUCAAAGUUCUAUCAUGUUUUUUUCCCCUCACGAUUCAAUCUGACAAUCGUUAAAUGGAUUUUAUAUCAAUUAGUGAUAUAUUUGUUCUUUACUGUUUAGACAACAUGCAUCCUACCAGCAGUUUGAUUAUUAAUAAAUGUGAUGCAGUCUCUAA